CAUCCCUAAUUCACAAACAGGGUUCCGAAAGGGACGAUCCCCCCUUGACUCUGUCCUAAAACUCCAAUCUGAAGUAACUUCGUACAUAAACACAGGCGGCUGCACACUUGCAAUCGCUUUAGAUUUCGAAAGAGCUUUCGACACUGUAUGGCAUAACGGUCUCUUGUACAAAUUACUUCAGAUUAACCUACCACCACACUUCGUGAAAAUAAUACACUCCCUUCUAACAAACAGACCUUCCCGAAUUAAAAUCGGUAAUACCUUCUCGCGAACCUUCUCACUUAAUGCAGGAGUACCACAGGGCACAGUGCUCGCCCCGCAUCUAUACAACAUUUUCUGCUACGACCUACCCCAACCUAUCGAAAACACCGUUAGCCUGUGUCAAUACGCAGACGAUACUGCGUACUGGGCUAACGGCUUAACCUCCGACUCCUGCAACAACAAACUAAAACGUCAAAUAAAACUCCUAGAACACUGGCUCAACAAAUGGCGAUUAAAACCAAACCCGGAUAAGUCACAAUUAAUACUAUUCACACAUGAUAGGUACACGUGCAAACCCACACUUUCACCCGACCAUAUUAACAUUCGAAUUUGCAACACCCGCUUACGACUACAAAAAGAAAUAAAAUACCUGGGUAUAACACUCACGCACACUAUGAACCCACACAAGGAUCUAGCAAUAACACUAGACAAAGUUCGUAAGCGGGCAAACCUUAUUUCUCUCAUAAACGGGACUAUACAAUCAUGUAACACAGAAACACUGCUCCACACAUACAAAACUUUCGUAAGACCAUUAAUCGAUUACCGAGCAGUCUCAUUAACAAACAUAUCCGACAGUCAAUUAGAAGUCCUCCUCGCCACCGAAAGAGGAAUCCUAAGGAAAAUCGCCAGACUAGGAAGGUUCUUCCCUUCACAAGACCUGUACAACAUCGUAGAUAUCCCACCCAUCACAGACCGUAUCGUCACACUACAAACUAAAUUUGUGAAAAGGGCCAUACAAACGAAUAACCCCAUCACCACACGGACACUUACACAACCUCCCCGCAGAAUAACCACCAAACCCAAACAAAAAGUCACUUUCCCUCCCGCCCGACUCCUGUCCAUUACCCCAGAUCUCCCCGAUGAUUUCAUCGAUCACCUUAAUUCCCUACCCAACUCCAUCAGAUAACCACGAAACCAACCCAACUAAACACAAACACACACACAAGUAACACACACAAAAAGUCACAAACCUCAUAACAGAA